CGCAUUUCCGUUUAAUAAAAUUCUGAGAAAAAUAUUGGAUUUUACUUUCCGGGAACUUGUAGUCCUUAUAAAUUCAAAAUUCAGGUAGCUGGCUCAGUUGCACGAUAUUGUGUCAGGGACAGAGAAAGGGAAUACACAUCAGUUCUCCUCAGUCUUGCCAGGUAGCUUAUUUUCAGACUGACAGGCCCAAGCACAUGUAUCCAGGAUCACCACUGUGCCACUGUAUUUUUAAGACUAUUGGAUCAAAACCGUUCCUUGUUCUCGAAAAAGAAGAGCAGAUAAGUGAUAUUCGGAGUUCUUUUAUGAUGUUUUAGAAUUUUUUUUUUGAUUUAUUUAUAAAGUAGCUACAGUGAUUUGGUUAGAUUGAUUUCUGAUUUGAGAGCAGGCAGAAGUAUAUGCUUCCUAUCUGGCGGCCAUCUUGAACUCCCCCUCACUAUAUAUGUGUUUCUGAUACAUUAAUUGUCUUUGUUUUAUGGUUUAACUGUACUGAAAUUAAACAUUUUGGUUUCUUUAAUUUAGUGUACAGCAUUACAAAUGAUGUCCUACUACAGUUAGUAGUCUGUAGGUCAGUUCUUUGUAUGUCAAAGUCUUGAGUAUAUGUCAUUUGCGUGUAGCCAAAUUAAAACUAAGCUUAGGCUUUUGCUCACAAAACAUGACACUAUUAAAAUUCAGCUAAAAGUGGCUUGAUGAAGGGUGCCAUAACAGAAUAUUACACAUGGGAAUGAAAUAAUUUGAAAAUUCACACUUUCAGUACAUUUUUAUUCAAGUAUACUUGCACGUGAAUAAUUUUGGCUGUGAAAAUUAAUGAUGUAACUAAGACAAUUGUAAACAUUUGCUUGUUAGAAAUAAUUUCUUGUGUUCAGAAUAUAUUUUAUGUGGAAUGUUUUAGUCUCUGGCAUUUAACAAAAAAUAAGUAUACAUCCUUGAGAACCAGAUGUGUUAAAUUAUGAUGCAGUACACAGAGUCCUAAAAUUUCACUAUCAAUUCAGCAAAAAAAGAUAACUAUAUUAAGAACCUGUUUUAUGUAGGAGCAAAAAGUGCUUAAAAAGGUUUUGUUAAAAUAUCUGCCUGCACUCUCCAUGCAUCUUUGUUUUAUAUCUAAUUUUAUUUCUAGUUAUAAUCCUGAUGUUAACACUGCAUAUGGUUUUGAGAAACAAUGAAGAUUAUAGUAUGUCCUUUGUUAUUUUAGAUUUACUGUUGACACAGGUUUUCACUAUGACUACACCUAAUACAAUGUCCUAGCAGGAAGUCCUAUAAUCGUUCUUGGACAAAAGUCGGAAUAUCAAUAGUUGUGUUACAGAGUACUCCGAAAUCAUUCCUUUGACCCAACAAGAUAGGGAUUCUUACCACACUGACAAUGCUGAGGGAAAGUAUGCAGUCAUGGACAGAUGGUCAGUCAGAUCGCUAUAGCAGUGAUCAGGAAGAUGAAGAAGAGGAGAUGAUUUUUGGUGAGAAUGAUGAAGACUUGGAAGAAAUGAUGGAUCUGAGUGACCUUCCCACUUCCCUGUUUGCUUGCUGCGUUCAUGAUGCUGUUUUUGAAGACGAUGAAGUAGGACAGAGGGAACACUUUGAAGCCUUAUUCCAGAGUUAUGAUCCCAGUGUUACAUUUCAGUUAUUUAAAAGCUUUCGGAGAGUAAGAAUAAAUUUCAGCAACCCCGAAGCAGCAGCAAGAGCAAGAAUAGAACUUCAUGAAUCUGAAUUUAAUGGACAAAAAUUAAAGCUGUAUUUUGCACAGGCACCAAAUGAAACUGAAGAUGGUGAUAAGUCAUUUCUAAUGCCACCACAGCCAGUGAAACAAUACUUGAUCUCACCUCCAUCAUCUCCACCAGAAGGAUGGCAGCAAGGGAGUGAUGCAAUGCCAGCUUUGAACUAUGACUUAUUGUGUGCAGUUGCCAAACUAGGUCCAGGAGAGAAAUAUGAACUGCAUGCAGGAACAGAAUCGACACCCAGUGUUGUUGUUCAUGUCUGUGAAAGUGAAACAGAAGAAGAAGAAGAAAACAAAAUGCCAAAAACAAAAAUAGUUUCAACAAGGCGCCCUGAUCUACCACCUGCCUUGUUUAAUUAAUGUCUUUUGAGUGACACAACAGAAAAUCUUGCAGGUGUCUGCCUGCAUCUGCCACAACAUGGACUUUCCACCUGUGGUUAAACAUCUACUAGAGGAACAUGGACCUUACUGGAAUGGAAAUUGGCCUGAACAAAAGGUGAUCAUGAUGGUUAGGGCUGUGGUUACUGAUGCUGCAAAUAUCUAAUGUCACAUAUUCAUUCAUACACAGUAACACAGACAUCGUGUGUUGGUAUGUGUGCACAGACUUUGUAUGUGAUUACUCUUGACAUAUACCUGCACUCACACUUUUUCCACCACUGACUUUUCAGAUGUUGAUCUUUCAUCAAACACCACCAGUUUUAACAUUUACCUCUUAGUACACUGCGUACCACUAACAGAGAGUUUAACUGCGUACCACCAACAGAGAGUUUAAAUACAUCAUUUUUAUGUUAGCCAAGUGCUUGGCAUUUGUACAGCUUCCUUGUUGGUGUUGGGAUUGCAGAUAUAGUAACAUUGAUUUUCCAUUUUUAGAGAUGAAAGCCAAAAAAAAGCUGAAUUUGGAUUUUAUAAUUAUUGUAAAAACACAGUAUUUUGUGGUAUUUGUUAUUUUAUGCCGGAGCACUUAUUCACCAUAACUUGCUUUUUUUCUUUUUCUUUUUCUUUUGUUUUUUUUUUGUAUUUACAAUCUGUUAGAAUAUCAGAAUUUGCUUUAUAGUGUGUUCUGUGGUUAGAAUCUAUUCAGUUUUCCAUACAUCUUCUUAAGUUGGCAGUGGCAAAGUUGGAUGGAAAAGAUCCCAGUGUAGCUAUUGAAAAGAAUAAGGGAGGAAGUUCCCCUGUGCCUUGGCCAUAUUUCCCCAAGCAGUAGAAAUAAAACCUCAAGCUCCCAUGGAAAGAGGCCUGUAGCCUAGUGGGGCAAACCUGUUCAACAAAGAAUGGAUAGAUAAAUUAAUACACGCAUAUAAAUAUGUAAAGUUGUACUAAAUUAUAAUGGAAUUGUGGUACUCACUGGAAACUACACUUAAAAAUCAAAGAUAUAAUUUCUUGAUUUUUAUCUCAUGAAAAUUUUAUUUAAUUUCUAAGAAUGAUAAAUUAUUGUCCCUGCAAAUUAAUUCAGGAUGGUUUGAAAUGUAAGUCAUGAAGUCUGAAAAUAGUACCUUGAGUAUCUUAGGUUUAAAGCCAUCAUUUGUAUAGUCAAUUUGUAGCUACAGUUCCACUGUGUUCUGCUUAGCAAUAUCAUCAAGAAGUUAAAUGAUUUGUACAGUAACUCAGUAUGUUACUGAAGUAUUGUGAAAAAUGGUAGGCACGUAAAUUUCUAGGCAAGUUAGCUGCAGCUGAAUAAUUGUAGUAUUUUCUGAAUGUGAGAGUAUGAAAUGUAAUGAUGUUGCUGCAUUGUCUUUUAAAAUAUUUAUUUCACAGUGGUUUUAGUAUUUUUGGAAAAGCUUAGCCUUAGAGAUGAGUAUAUCAAACCAGUAUCUAACUGGAGCUGAAGCACUUUUUGCACUUGAUUUUUAAAGCCUUUUUUUCAUGUAGCUGAAAAAUGAAUAUUAAGAGAAUCAGGGCUUAUAAGUAUUUUAGUAUUUUUAUAGUUCUUAUGUAAAAUUUAUUUACAGAUUUUUAAUUAUACCACAGUUCAGCACUGUACUGUUUUAAACUGACUUGUUAGAUCAAGAACUGACUUGUUAGAUCAAGCUUUGAAUUAGCUGUUAAAUGAGCUUUAUUCUAGUUUGCUCUUGUGCAAUAGACUCGCAUCUGUCGGCUGUCUCUUACAUGUUCUGCCAUGUCUUUUGUCUCUGAGAGACUUCAGUGUUUCAUGGGCUGAGAUCUGCUAAAAUACGUUCUUGGCCAUACUGUUUAGGUCAUUUUUUUUGUGUGUAAUUUGUAGCUUUCUGCAUUUAUUUGUCUGUUAAUCAAGUAAGAUUGACUGAUCUUUUGUGUAUCCUUUAAAAUAUUGACCUGGUCCAGAAGUCUAGUAGUUCUACAUGAAUUAUAUAUAAGUAGUUUAAAGCAAUCGACUAGCGUAUCGUUGCAGGAUGAGGUAAAUCCAAAGUACCCAAAGAAAACCUGUGUUAAGUAGGGAGAACAUGCAUACUACACAAACACACAUACACACACAGUAACUGGAGUUCGGAAUUCAAUCUUGCACCCUUAAAAGGAGUUAUGCCCCAUCUGAAGUUUUGAUUGGAAGAUGGCAGACAGUGAGGGACAUGUGAAUCUUCUUAUGCUGCUGGUCAGUAAGAGAUGAUGGCUGUUAAGAGUUUUUUUUUUUUUUUGAAGCAAAAGUAUCUGCUUAAGUUAUAAUUUUGUCCCGUUUACUGCUACCUGCUUCUAAACUUGCAGGAUACUACCUCCCAUUUUCAAUGACAUCUGUACAUAUAUAGAGAUGUGCAGACAGGCAGUAGACAUUGUGCUGCCUACUCUUUGUUCCCUUAAUAUAAAAUUUCCCUGGAGCUUCAGCUGAAUGAGGCAUACUAGUCAAAGCUUCACAAAACAAAGCCUUUUCUUAAAAAGCCCACAACAAAACAUUUUUUUAUAGGAGAGAUGAGCCCCCACAUCCCACCCACCCACUACACACAUACAGACACACACACGCUCACCUUCUUACUUGAAUAUACUAACUUCUUAGUCUGACAGCAGUACAAUGAAGGGAAAAGACCACCCAAACUGAAUCACUCCUGGGACGCAAAUAAAAACUACCAUGGCAGAGAUUUCCUGUGAGUAACAGUAACUGGUGACUUCAAUGUUGGGAAAUUAUGCUAAACAUUGAGUUGGGAAACCUGACAUACCUGUAGCUUAAAUUGCGCAGCCACUCACAUGUUUCAGGCCUCUUCAGUCUCACCUAACUGAUUAUUGUCUCUGAUGGCGAAUGCAGGUUUUGGUAGAAACAAACACCACCUCACAUGGAAGAGAUAGGCUCUAGAUCACUGCAGAAGGCCACCUGUACAGUGAUACAUCAGUCAUCUUGUUUGUGUAUGGCUUUAUUUGGUGACGCACAACAUUGCUUACUACUUUAGUCCUUCCUUCUCUGGUCUGUUUCUGGACAUGCUUCACCAGCUUAAACUUACCUUCCACCAAACUUUAGUCUGAAAACUAUCUUAUGACCCUUAAAUUGAGUUUUUUACUGCAGACUUCAAGCUCACAUCUGCAGUGCACACCUGGUAUGGCAUUGUCCUAGUAAUAUGGUGUGCUACUAUGGCCAGAAGUCAUACCUUAAAACUCUCCCAUCUCAGUUACUUUUCUUAAUUGAAAUUCACAUUCUUUUUAAUUAAUUUCAAAAGUACAUGAUUGUAAUACGUGAUAUCUUAUACCACACCUUUUCACAUCAAAAAUAUAUCGCAUGUUAAUAAGGAGUUCAGCUGUACAGAAUAAUGCACAGUAUUUGUGGUUGUUGAAUGUGUGCUUGUUGUAGGGCCUUCCCAGCCUCAUUGUUCUAUACAUUUCCCUUACCUGGAGUGUGUUAUCCCACUUAUGACAGUGACAUUUAGAAUUUUGUGCUUGAGGAAAAUAAGACUGAUAACUUGUAAUUCAAGACAAUGGUGUUACUAAUGUUGUAUGAAAGUGCCACUGCUUCAAUUUUAUUGAUCACUUUUGUCUCAGGCACUAAAACUCUUUGCCACGCAUGUGGAAAAGCAACUUUUAAGUUGUUCCACAGUAGUCAGUCUAUUCCAUCUUAGUCCCUUGUACUAAUUCAGCCUUUUUUUUUUUUUGUAAUUUAGCACUGUGGAUCUGAAAAAAUAAGGUUUUGAAGUGAACCACUGUGCAACACACUGCCAUGUGUGUGACUUCUGAUUGUUUCAUAUUUUUAAACAUUUUGCAGGUCCUAUGUCCAUCUCUUCGACUGCCCUGUGCAACCUCUUCUGUAUGCAGUGUUCUUCAUGAUUUGAGUGUGGUCUUAACCCAUCCCAUGUAAUCAGGACUGCUAACCAGAUUAUAGUAUUUGACAGAACAAGGCUUAGGCAGCUAAGAGGGCAAUGGCAUACAGAGGGUAAUUUCCUGAAAAUAGAAUCAUUUUGGUAUGUUUUACAGUAUUUUUUGUUUAGCAGAGACCUGAGACAUGGGACAUGCACAUUCUUUGCUAGAGAAGUAUGCACGUCAUUGUCUAGUUCCGACUUUUGUCAGGGGCCGGUCCUAUUGUUAGCUCUCUGUCCACCUCAAACCAUGGAGAAAAACUGCAGCCAGUGAAGUGCAAUUCCUUGCUACAGUGACCUGCCAGGCAGUCCUCUAUGUUCACCUCUGAACCUGAUCCACUGGCAUUAGAGAGGUUAUUCUAGCCUCUCAUUGUGCGGGUAUGACUUCUCAUUGUUAAACAGCGAACUGCUGUUUAACUGUUAUUGGUACAAGUGUAGUAGUACAUAUAACACCAAUCCGUAAGGUAUUUUGGCUGUAUUAACCAAGGAAUCCAGAAGGCUAUAGCCAUCAGUGCAUUACUGAUGCUACUAUAAUAUUCUCACCCAGCCAUCGUUUUACAGUCUUGACAGAAACAUAAAAUCCUUCAAAAGACUGAGAAUAAAAAUCCUUAAAUUUAUUCUGUUAAGCUUUCAUUGUGGACAUCACUGGAACAAACUAGCUGCCUGUCAGAGCUAGGGUAAGCUACCUUCUAGGUACCUUACCUACAGACUGAUAAAUGAAGGUCACUGCCCUUCUCUCAAAAAUUAUUUUAGAAAUUCUGCUUACACUCUAAGAAACUGAGAUGACAGUCUCCUUAUCAAACCACCUUACACCCUUGUAGUGGCCAAAAAUAAUCAUAAGUUUAAUUCCUCAGUUGGAAAGUAAUCCUCCACAAUACUUUGAAAAAAUUUACAAACCAAUGUAUCUCAUUUGUUACAUGAAUUUCUAUGUAUCAAACCAAUGUAACUUAUUUUUAUACAAAAACUAAGAGUAAAAAGGUCACACAGAUAACCGACUGGUUAAAAAACACAGAAAAAUCUAGCAAAGCUAGACUUUUAACUGUGUGAUACAGUAAACCUCUUGUAUCGGAGGCCUCAUGGGAUAUAUGCAAUCACCCUUUAAGGAUAUUGGGUGUUUCAGUUAAGUGGUAAUUCUGAGUGUCCAUGACUUUUUCUUUUACUUUCAUUUUUAAGUCUAUUUAUGGACAAUUUCUCUUAUUUGUUAUACAAAUUUCUAUACAUCUGUAUUGAUUUGUAAAUUGUUUAAAAAACUGUAACAUGUUCAUAUCGCUGUUGUGUAUACUGAUGUAUCCCCUAUGCUAUGUGAAUUUCUUUGUAUCUAUACUGCCUUUGGGGCCCACCUGCUUAGCAAAUGUCAAACAAAUAAGUAAAUAAAUGUUGUAGAUUAAUUGUAGUCUGGGAAGGCCCAGAUGAGGAUGUUUUAUAAGAUCAGACAAUUCCAUGUGUAUUAAAAUAAAAUGUGUGAUUACUAGAGUUAUAUAUUUCCUUAAAAGUACACUACUAGAUAAUGGAACAUGAGUUUUAUGUAGUUUGAGAGAUCUCCGCUUUGUUGCUGCAUUUCAUUUUGUUGGUUAUCUGACUUGCAAACAGUGUAUUCCGCAGAAAGUUAUAUUGUCUUAGAUUGUUUGUAAAUAUUAAAAAUAAUUAAACUUGUCAUUAUACUA